AUGGGUUCAGAAGCAUCAUCUGGUACGCUAUCAGACCCCUACGCGGGUGAACUAGAGUAUCAAGACCUACAGGGCCAAUUGGGUAACGAUGUCACUUUCACCGACGACGACGUCAAGACCGCCCUGAACCUUUCCAUAGGUGACACUGUCAUUAGUUUACCUCUCUCCUUUCCAGAGGAAACCUUCACCUUUCCAGAGGAACCCUUCACCUUUCCAGAGGAACCCUUCACCAAUCCAGCAACGUACAGUUAUGAGGAAACUAUAAGUUGCCUACAACGAGGUAUCGAUCAAUUCUGGGACGAUGAUAUGGCUUCUGGACAGAUUAAUGCCGGUACCAAUAUGUAUGAUCUUCCUGAAGUGCAGAUCCCUCCUCAAGAACAGAAUCCUCCCCAACCGGAGAAUCCUCCUCAAGAACAGAACCCCCCUCAAGAGCGAAAUCCUCCCCAAGCGCAGAAUCCUCCCCAACCGGAAAAGCAUCCUCGAGUGCAGAAUCCCCCUCAAGAGCAAGAGCGAAAUCCUCCACAAGCGCAGAAUCCUCCUCAAGCUCCAAGUGCCACACCUGAUGUCAAACCUAUACCUCAGGCCAGGGCCCGAGGUGCAAAGAGGGGGGACCCCGGACCCUCGCCUCGAGCAGCAAAGCGACCCGCUAACAGGGACGAUCAGCCCGCCACCAAGAAGGUGAAAUCCGGGGAGUCUUCCCUGCCUCGAGCAGCAAAGCCAACUACCAGGAGAAACCGCCAGCCCGCGACCAAAGGGGAAAAUUCUGAGAAGCCCCGUAAGCUGAGAAAGCUUCUACCAAAGCCUCCUCCGCCAGAACCUAUUCAACCAUACUAUAUUUCACCAAUGGCCCCUGUACCUUGUCAACAGGAAUUCCAGGCCAAUAGGGGAAUCGCAUAUAGUGUGGACAAUCCUGCCUUGUAUGGCGCUAAUCGUCAGCCAGCUUCACAUUGCAAUGAGACGGUUAGCCCGGGUAUACAGGGUCUGUAUAACGGUUCUUCGAGGACGCGGGUGGGAAUGGAUCCUGGCGGUGCUGCGUUUUCUGACAGCGUAAGUAUCCAUAGGUCUUCCUAUAUGGUACCCCAGUCGCAGCGGACGAUGAGAAGCACGCUUCCUACUCCAGCGUCUUCUCCUGGCAUGAUUCCCAAUCCUAUGUCACCUCAGCAGCAGCAGCUUGCUAAUGGGAUGACAAUGAGAAGCGCGCUUCCUACUUCAACGUCUUCUCCUGGCAUAAUUCCCAACCCUAUGUCACCUCGGCACCAGCAGCACCAGCAGCACCAGCAGCUUGCCAACGGGAUGACAAUGGGAAGCACGCUUCUGAGCCCAGUAUCUAGUCCUGGUCAGAUUCCCAUGACGACUAAGAAUCUUCCUCACCUGAACCGCUCAAUGCAGGACCCCCAGGUAGGUUGGUUUCCAGCCACGACCAGCGAAGUAACCACGAACCCCCUACCCUGGAGCCAACAGCACAGUUACAAUCCUUUCUUCGGGGGCCCUCAGUCUAUGCGUCAACCCGCCGUGCCCACUGGGAUGGGGGUCCAAGUAGAAUGGACGCCGCCAGUGAACCUCAGCCCGCCGGAGCUUGGUCACCAGUACACAGGUCUACAUCCUACCACGAGGUAG